AUGUAAGACACUAUAUCCACUUAUUUAAAAACUGAACCAGAUUCUCUUAAAGAUCUUCCUACAAGUAGAUUUAAGCAUAAUUUCAUGUAAACUAAUUAAAGAUUUUUAAACACUAAAAAAUUAACAUACUCUAACAAAAAAAUAGUAGUUUCUAAUCAGAAAGACGCUUGGAAAUAAAUGUUUGGCAAUUUUCUACAUGAUAUUAAUUUAAAAUAAAAGAAGGAUCAUAUCUCUUAAGAAGCUAAAUAAGUAAUCAAUAUUUAUAAUAAGUUUAGCAUCUUUAAGAUCCACUGGUAAAUGAAGUUCCAAUAUUUCUCCCAUGUUCAAAUAAACAAUUCAAGCUCUAGUUCUAUAAGUAUUUAGAGGGAGAAUAAUCAAUUAAUGAAUUAUUAAAGGCAAUAAGCUUUCCUCACUUAGAAGCAGUAAGUAAUAAUAUUAAAGUAUUAGAUAUAAAUUGAGGAUUAAAAAAAAUAAAAGAGAAAACUAUCCAUUGUACAGAAAAUUAAGAAAUUUAGAGUUAGUGGUAUGUCUAAAUAAGGAGGUGAUAAGACACCAUUAUUAGACAUUGCAAGUUCAACUAGAUAAUUAAAAGCUUAAUAAUUAAGAUUAGUUGAUUAGAGGAGAUUUACAGAAGCUGGAAGGAUUUUAGAUUUAUUUAAGACAAAAAUAAAUAGGAAAGUAUAAGUUUUAAAAGAUUUCAUUUAACAAAGGGUAUUAAUUAUAUUUUAAUAAAGAUUGAUUUGAGAAAACAAUUAAAUAAAGAAUAAAGAGAAGAGGAAAUUAGAAAUAUUCAUUUUAUUAAAACAUUUUUUGAUAUUUCUAAUGAUUAUAAUUAACAUAUUUUAGAAUAAUAAGAAGAAUUAUAAGAUGAUGCUUAAUAUUAUAAAAAACUAGUGCCAUGUUAAAAGAAAUUAAAGCAAAUUUUAGUCAAUUAUGAUAAUGUAUAACCUAUUAUAAAACAUUAAGAAAAACAUUUUGAUAGAUUUGAUUAUCCAUCCUUAGGUAUUCUUAAAAAUCAAAUGAAUUAAUAUUCUAAAGAUUAUUUAGUUGAGUUAGAAGAAUAGAAAUAAAUUUAAUUCAAAACAGCAUUAAAUUAAGUUAGAAAACUAUUAGAAUAAUAAAAUAUUAAGUUUUAGUCAGAAUUAAGAAAAUCUUAAAUUAGAAGUAAUAAAAAUUCAAAAUCUUAAUCUCCUUUGACUAUUAAUAAAGAAGCUUCAAUAAAUUAAAAUCUUAUAGGUUCCUUAGCUGAUUGUCCAUUAGAUGUUAUUGUUGCAAGUCCAAAAAAAUCAAUUAAUUAAUAUAAUUCUUAUGCUUAAUUAAAAAAAUCAAUUACAGAUCCUAGAAAAACAAAAGAAUAUGUAAUUACAAAAAAACCAUUUUAUCUUUUUACUAAAUAAGCAGAUGGAGAUAAAAAUUCAAAAAAUACUAAAGGAUUAAUUACAACUUUUGAUGUAAAACUAUAUGACUACAUACAUAAUAGAAAUAUUUACACUUUAAAUAAACAGUAUUAAAUUUAUCGAUUAUAGAGUUUAAGAAAUUACUUAAAAAUUUCAUACAAUGAUUGAAAGUAAACAAGAAUAAUAACUAAAUGAAUAACUUGAUACUCAACUAAAUCAACUAAGAAAAAAAAGACUAAAAUUUCGUUAGCAUGGUUUUUUAGAAACAUAAAGAAGAUUUAAGACUGAAAAAUAACCAGAAGAAAUAUCUGAUGAUUAAUCUUUGUAAUCAAUUUAUGAAGUAAAUCUUGAUGUUUAUUAUGAUCAAUCAAAUUAAUUAAGUAAAAAAUUAAGAGAAUAAGAUGAAGUUGGAUUUGCAAAGAGAAUUAAAUAAUUAAUAAAAUUAGAAGAAGUAAAUACGUAUAAUUUUAUAUAUAAAUUAGAUUAUGUUUAAAAACUAAUAUAUAGAAGUUAAAUAAGUCCUAAAAUUCUCUUAAUAAAUGA